AUGGCGCUUCCAUUCCUACCGUCAAUUGAUCUCAAGGCUUACACGAGCCCUGUCAAGGGCCUCGACGCCCAGGCUCUGUCGUACAUCGGCAAUGUCUUCGCAACCGUCACUCCGGACAAUGUCGACGACGCCUUUCUUUACCUUCAGCAGACCUUCGGCCUAUUCUCGACCUACUUCAAUGCCUCGUCGCUCACCUCCGUCUCCGAUCUCGUCUCGCUCCUCGACUCUGGCGCCGCCAAGGUCUUUGUCGUUCUGUCGCAACUGCAGGAGCUGCGCAAUGUGCCCAACGUCGCUCUCGACCGCGUCGUUCUCUGCAUGUCCGGCCAAUUGAAGAAGGAUCUCGUCGAUGCCAUUGCCGGUACACCCGUCGGCGUAUAUGCUGAGGACGUCCAGGACGUCGAGCUGGUCGAGGCGUGGCUGAAGGACUACGGCGGCGACAGGCCCGAGGUCUUUGUGUCGUUUGCGAAGCCGACCCUUGAGAGUGCCCUCCACGUCACGAAGCUUUCGGCCACCCCGGUCAUUCCAGCGGACCAGCUCACCAUUGACCCGAAGGCGGAGCAGGAUCUCAUUCCCGUCGGCAAAGUGCUCAUGGCAAACACCACCAGUGACAGACCCGACGGCCUUUUCACGACCUUGGUUACGGAUGAGCGCGGCAUCGCACUUGGUCUCGUCUACAGCAGCGAGGAGAGCGUGCAGGAGAGUUUGAAGACUGGUCGCGGUGUUUACCAGAGCCGCAAGAGGGGUUUGUGGUACAAGGGCGAGAGCAGCGGAGAUGUUCAGGAGCUCGUCAAGGUCACUAUUGACUGCGACUCUGAUUGCCUGUGCUUCAUUGUGCGCCAGAAGGGCAGAGGUUUCUGCCACCUUGCUACCGCCACCUGCUUCGGCCACUACCGUGGACUCUCCAAGCUUCAGCAGACCCUCCAAAGCCGCAAGGCUUCCGCGCCCGAGGGCUCCUACACCGCCAGGCUGUUCAACGACCCCAACAUGCUCAAGGCUAAGAUCAUGGAGGAGGCUCAGGAGCUGGUUGAGGCCAAGACCAAGGAGGAGGUCGCUUUCGAGGCCGCCGAUCUGAUGUACUUUGCCCUGACCAAAUGCGUCGCUUCCGGCGUCACUUUGGAGGAUGUCGAGAAGAACCUCGAUGCGAAGAGCGUCAAGGUCAAGAGGAGAAAGGGUGACGCCAAGGGCCCUUGGGCUGAAAAGAUGGGCGUCAUCCAGGAGAACGGCACCAAGGAGAUGGUUAAGGAGGCUGCUUCUGUGCCUAAGAGCAAGGAUGACCCCGCGGGCACCAACGAGGAGGGCAAGAUCGAGAUGAAGCGUUACAUCACCUCGCAAGAGACCCCCGAGGUCAUUGCGGAAGUGCUCCAGCGCCCGUCUCAAAAGUCCACCGACAGGAUCAUGGGCAUUGUCAACCCCAUCAUCAAGAGCAUCCGCGAGCGCGGCGACGCUGCUGUGCUCGAGUACACGCACAAGUUUGAAAAGGCCACCUCCCUCACCUCUCCCGUUCUCCGCGCUCCCUUCCCUCGCAGCAUGAUGCAGCUUCCUCCUGAGACCAUUGCUGCCAUUGACGUCUCUUUCGAGAACAUCCGCCGCUUCCACGCUGCUCAGCAGGAUGACAAGCCGCUGGUUGUCGAGACGAUGCCCGGCGUUGUCUGCACGCGCUUCUCUCGUCCCAUCGAGCGCGUCGGUCUCUACGUUCCUGGUGGUACUGCCGUUCUGCCUUCCACCGCGCUCAUGCUGGGUGUCCCCGCCAUGGUGGCCGGUUGCAAGAAGAUCGUUAUCGCUUCCCCGCCUCGUGCCGACGGAUCCGUCACUCCCGAGAUUGUCUACGUCGCCAGCAAGGUUGGUGCCGAGAGCAUUGUCCUCGCGGGUGGUGCGCAAGCCGUCGCUGCGAUGGCGUACGGCACUGAGAGCGUCACCAAGGUCGACAAGAUUCUUGGUCCUGGUAACCAGUUCGUCACGGCGGCCAAGAUGUUCGUCAGCAACGACACCAACGCCGGUGUCAGCAUUGACAUGCCGGCCGGUCCCUCCGAGGUCCUUGUCGUCGCCGACAAGACUGCCAACCCGGCGUUCGUGGCGUCCGAUCUCCUGUCUCAGGCCGAGCACGGCGUCGACAGCCAGGUCAUUCUGAUCGCCGUCGACCUCAACGAGCAGGAACUGGCCGCCAUUGAGGAUGAGCUCCACAAGCAAGCCAUGGCGCUGCCACGUGUGGACAUUGUGCGUGGCUCGAUCGCGCACUCGGUCACGUUGGUGGUCAAGGACAUUGACGAGGCCAUGACCCUCAGCAACGAAUACGCACCGGAGCACUUGAUCCUGCAGGUUGCCGAGCCUGAAAAGGUUGCCGAGAAGGUCGAGAACGCAGGAUCCGUAUUCGUCGGACCCUGGACUCCUGAAAGCGUCGGCGACUACAGCGCCGGCGUCAACCACUCUCUGCCUACCUAUGGUUACGCGAAGCAGUACUCUGGCGUCAACCUCGGAUCUUACCUCAAGCACAUCACGUCCUCGAACCUGACGGCAGACGGCCUGCGCAACGUCGGCGAGGCAGUGAUGCAGCUGGCCAAGGUCGAGGAGCUCGAGGCUCACAGGCGCGCCGUGUCAAUCAGGCUGUCCCACAUGGACAAGAGCGCAUAG